AGGCUGUCGGGUUACAACGGGUAGAAUAACAUAAAUGAAUAAAUUUAGUCAGCUACAGAUUAACCAUCUGAUGGAUUUGCGGCGCGUUCACAGCUGGACAGUCCCGACAAGUCUGCGGAUCUGGCUUCGUCAAAGGGUGAAAUAACGCUGGACGUAGUUUAAGUCGAGAGCAGCAGCAGCAGCAGCCCAGAGUCCCCGCAUCGCUCCGAACAAUGCAGAUGAAGUUACGGAGCCUUUUCUAGUUGCUAGCUAGUUGGUUGACGCUAAACCGCCAGCCAGCGUUAUUAAAUGACUAUCUGUGGCUCCCAUACUAAAAUGCACGAAUGCAGUGUUUGCUCCGUAUUCUUUUGCAUGCCUGAACUUAUUUAAGCUUAUCCGGGAUCAGGUUCAGCUUAUAGAAAUAUUUUAAUCCGAUUGUCAAAAUGAAAAUUUGUAUAUUAUACGGACAUAUAUCAUGUAUAUUUUACAGCAUAAGAAAAUAAUGUUUCUUUUAGAUUUCUCUUUUAUGCGUUCUUAGAUAGGUUAGGGAUAGUAGCUGUUUGUAUUCUGUUGGCAUUUAAUCAGAGAGGUGCAGAUGUCAGUUUUGCACUGGAAAAUGUUUAUUCGCCUGUCUUGCUGAAGAGGGGGGAUGCUUACUGCUCGUCUGCCCUGACGAGACCAAAUAGUCCAGCCUGAACAAUGACCGGACCGGGCGCCUCGGGCAGCUGCUCCGCGGCGGCAAAAAUCGGCAGACGCGGCCGCUCCAAAAGCACCAACGCGCACCUGAACUCCGUCUCCGGCGCCGAAUCCGCUGCCAGCGGUGCCGCCAACACGGGUCGCUCAUCGGGGGAAGAAGAGGAGAAGGACGGGGGCGCGCUGUUCUACGUCAACAGGAGCGGCUUUCCCAUCGAAAGUGUGACCUGGGAGCGAAUGUGGAGCCAUGUGGCCAAAGUGCACCCCGAUGGAAAAGAGAUGGUGGACAGAAUCCGGAACGCUGCCUACCUCCCAAAACAUCCUGCUCCUUUGGUGCCCAGUUACAGGCCACCCAUGUCCAUUCCCGACUGGCUACAGGCAAUCCAGAACUACAUGAAGACCCUGCAAUACAAUCACACAGGGACUCAGUUCUUUGAAAUUAGGAAGACAAGACCACUGAGCGGGCUAAUGGAGACAGCCAGGGAAAUGACCAGGGAGUCGCUUCCUAUCAAGUGUCUGGAGGCCGUCAUCCUUGGGAUCUACCUGACCAAUGGGCUGACCUCUCUUGAGCGUUUCCCAAUCAGCUUCAAGACCCAGUUCUCAGGGAACCACUUCCACCACGUGGUUCUGGGCAUCUACUGCAACGGCCGCUACGGCACCCUGGGCAUGAGCCGGCGGCCGGACCUCAUGGACAAGGCCCUGACCUUCCGCACGCUCAGCGAGCUCGUCUUCGAUUUUGAAGAGUCCUACCACCGCUACCAACAUGCCCUCAAGAAGGUGAAGAUUGGCCUGUACGUGCCCCACGACCCCCACGUCUUUCAGCCCAUCGAGUGGAAGUACCUGGUGCUUAAUGCCGGCCGAUUGGGCCGCGAGGACAUGCGCAAGGAGCUGGAGAAACACGCUCGGGACAUGAGGAUGAAGAUCCUCAAGAGCUCAAGUGCACAGUCUCCUAUUAAGGAGAGGAGCCGAGGAAAGUCACUUUCCCCUGGCCGUCGGCAAACUAGCCCUCAAAGACGGCAUCUUCACAGAAGAGACAAGUCGCCGGCAGUGAUGGACCGCAAACCCGCAGAGCUUAGCACACUCAACGACGGUUACCAGAUCCGCAUUUAGGACCCGAACACCCCCCACCCACGCAAGAAGGCUGCCUACCUGCCCCCCUCCCGCCAAAAGUCUUCUCCCAAGUAUCCUGUGUACUCCUAACAGCACCUAAACCCUGUCAACACCUGUCAGCUAUUCAAAUGGUAUUUAAUUUCAUGUAAAUUAAGGAUACUGCUUGAGUGUGUGUCUGCGCACGCUUCAUUUACACACAUACACUUGAAUAUCUCUUGGGGGGGGGGGGGGGGGGGGGUAAAGGAGUGAGUCACAUGCUCUUUACUGCUCAAUGUUUUCCGCCGUGGGGUCUGAUGGAAUGGUGUUCUCAUCCGUGUCAUCCCUCAUGGAUAGACAGAUUACAGGUCUGGCAAAAGGAGUAGAUUGCGGCAUCCCCCCCCCCGGCUCUGUUGUGAAGUAGAAGACGAGGUCAAUUGGGUCAGCAGCAACAGUAUUUUCCACCGCAAAAGAAAUGUGAAUUUAAUACGUCCAGCAGAUGGCUUGUGUAAAUCUCAGUGUCAGCAUGCCUUGUGUUUUCCACUGGAAUUCAGUAAUCCUCCACUGCACAAAGAACAGUUGUCCUGGAAUGGGUGAUUCCUGGAAUCUGGAAUAGGGUUAGAAGUCCUACAACACGAUUAGUGUUAAAAGAGGUAUUCAUUUUAACUUUCUGUGAAUUGGUGAGCUCAGUUUCAAUAUAUUGUCUGUGGAUGAUUCUGGUUUUGCUUAUGAGGUUUGCUGAAGUGCUGGAAAACCUUAAAGAGCAAAGAUGGGUGGCAUUAAAACAAAGGCUCUUUUUAUGGUCUUUAGGUCAACCGUCCUUAGUGGUUUGUAGCAGUUCUGCCAGCUGUUUGUCUCAAGGGCUCUGGGGGGCUACUUUGUGCUGUUUUGACCCACAUGAGUUGCUCAGAAGUUGCAUAAAGCCCUCAGGCAGUGAGGCCUGGCGAUCUCAUGCCCACUCUCGCGGCGUUCAUGCCGGGCAGCUGCGUUUGACUGCAGCGGCCUCCCGUCUGCGCGUUUUCACGCCUUGCAGUGCAGGUGGCAGGUGGCCGGCAGCCUGAGGACAGGGGCAGCCGGGGUCUUCUGGGACGGCUUGAGUGUGACGGCCGUGCAGGGAGGACAGGAAAUUAAUUUGACGUUUCCUCCGUUUUUGGAGAAUCUCGACGGCGGCCUCUCUGGUCGAGAAUUGGCGCUCUCUCAAGUCUUGGCUGAGGCUCAGCAUCUGAGAUAUGUCUGAAGCAAGGACUGGGGCAUUUAUUUAUAUUUUGUAGUCUGGAGCAAAACGAGAGUGGUAUUCUUGGAAUGCUGUACAGCAAAGGUGUUUUUCAUUGCAUUCAUUUGACCAGUAAAGAGAACUUUCCAGAUGAGAUGCUCUGGAAUGUAAUUCCUGCAAGGGCCAUUGACAAGGGUAAGAGCGUAAGCCGCAGCUGGAGUAGAGGCUUCUGGGUAGCCAGAGAUAGCUGGCAGGCAGAUCGGACCAUGAUACACAAACUGACUGUGUAGCUUUGUUGUCGGAUGUUUCCGAAUGCGUAGCAUAAUACGUCUCGCAGGCGAAUAAGCUAUGCAAGUCGAUCAGGUCCCUUGAAUAUCCUGUUUCAGCCAUGCGAGAUCCCCGGUAGCGCUCUCUCCCACUGACCGCGUCUUCCUUAUUGUGCGAGUGUGAUUUCUGACAUCUAAGCGUAUUAGCCACGAAGGCUCGAGGAAGAGGGGAUUAAUCAUCUGUUUUAAGGAAAUCUUUUUUAACUUUGAAAAAUCAGCUGGUGAAACGAUGUGGUCCAAGCACAUGCCCGAAGACUUUAUUUUCUUCAAAGAAUAUUUUUAAUGGUUUAAUAGUGGUUUUUAAACGACCGUCGGCUCAACGAAAGACAUUAGAUGCCAGCUGAGAGGCAGCUGAGCUUAAGGAGGCUCAGCUUCACGUCUCAAUUUUACAGGAACAUCCUGGCCGUCGUUAAAACGCUGCACCCUCGUUCAGAAUGCAGGAAGCUGUCAUGUUUUCCUGCGGGGUACAGCGGAGCGGACUCGAGUGAGCCCGACUUCGCUGUUAGCGCAAACUGUUUGGUGUAGGGUAGGGGGCUGUGUAUUGAAGAUGACCUCCAGCGGGUCUUCAGUGGUUGGGUACGUGUGUUACAGGGUGCAGUGUUAGCUGAUUUUUGUACCUUUAAACGUUUUUCACAGUGUGAGUUUCGGGCCUCAGGCCGAGUAGUAGCUUCAGUCGUCCUUCAGUGACAGUGGGGGAUUCGCACAGAUACGGUCGCUGGGUGACCUUCUCCAUCAUCUUUGAGCUUUGUGCUGACGUGGCAUCUGAUUGGUGGAACAGAGUAGGUUGGCCUACGGUACUGUUUCUUUUUUUUAAGCAUGAUCAGAUCUCUUAUAAUAUUACUCUUCACUUUAAGAACUUUUAUCAAGCCUGUAAUUAAAUGCAAGUCAAAUUUGGGGCGGGGGCGAUCAAUCUGGGCUCUCUUCAGAGCUGUGAGAUCUUGUCCCGGGUGUUUAUUGUUAUUUAGGGCAUGGAAUGCUGAGCGUGAGAGCAUAUCAGUGUGAUAUAGCCCUUUCGCAUUGCUUCGAGCCCCUCCUCCACCACCAUGAACAGAGCCAAACCAGAAUUUCAGAUCAAGUCCAUUUAUUUUAUAUAUUGUGACUGAUGGGUUUUGUAUUACGACAAUUUUGGUUCUUGUUUUUACUGACUGUAGCAUGUGUUUUAAUAAAACAAAUUACAUUUUUAA